AUGAAGUUUUCAGUUUUAAUUUUGACGGCACUUGCCUUCUGUUCAGCUCAAGCUAAAUCCGUUAGUCGUAUUGUUGGCGGAACAAAUGCUAAGCCACAUUCAAUUCCGUAUCAAGUCAGUAUUCAAAAAUGGCAACAACAUUACUGCGGCGGAAGUGUUUUAAACAACUAUUGGGUUCUUACUGCUGGGCAUUGUCAAGACGAUGAUAUCGAUGACAUCAAAGUCGUUGGAGGUGCUCACGAUUUGAACAACAAAAACGGAAACGAACAAGAACGUUCAAUCGAAUUAUUUAACAAACACGAAGACUAUCCAGGAGGCACAAAACCCAACGAUAUUGCCAUCAUCAAACUCGCCGAACCUUUUGACUUGAACGAAUAUGUGCAACAAAUUGGAUUGAUGUCGUCAGGUUCAGCUACAGGCAAAGGAUUGGCAAGCGGAUGGGGUACCAAUGUCGCUGACGAUCCAAAUCCAAAACCUUAUCCAAUUUUACAAAAAGCUUAUUUGGAAAUCCAUUCGCAAGAAAAAUGUCACAAACUUUGGCCCGGAGAUGAUUAUACUGAUAAACAAAUUUGUGCGGGACCUAUUGAUAGCGAUGUUCCAGCUGUGUGCAGCGGUGACUCGGGCGGUCCAAUUGUCAUUACAUCUGAUGGCGAUAAGUUACUUGCUGGAAUUGCUUCAUGGGCUUCCGUACCUUGCGGACAAGCUCCCGGAGUUUUUACCUUUGUACCGUCAUUUAUUGAUUGGAUUCAAGAACAAAUUGAAAAUAAUUCUUAAAUGAACGAUAAUAAUGGCAGUUUCAAUCCAAUAAUGUUAAGAAGCAUUAUUAAUAAAUAUUUGAAACUGGA